AUGUCCCAAAAGCCAGAUGAUGCUCCUGAAAUUCAAGACAUCAUUGAAUAUGACACCAGCAGAUUUAUCCAGUACCACUUCUCUCCUGCUUUUCUGGCUCUCCGAGAGAUUGGAGCUACGUCGGAGUUCACAGUGGGCAGCAAAGCUCUUAACCGCUUCCGUCUGAUUGAAAGACAUUUUUUCAAAAACUUGCUUCUUAAAACCUUUGACUUUGAGAUCGGCUUCUGCAUUCCACACAGCAGGAACACCUGUGAGCACAUCUACAGCUUACCUGACCUGGAGCCAAAUAUUGUGGAGGAAAUGAUUGCCAGCCUGUUUGAGACUUGCUCGGACAGUUUUUACUUCGUCAACAACAAGCUGAUCAUGCAUCACAAAGCAGAGUAUUCCUUUAGUCCACAAACACAAGGGGUCUCCCUGGUUCCGGUGCCUCGGCGCACUGGCUCCAAUGAAACCACGUGUCUCCUUUGCCCUUCAGCCUCACUGUGUGGGAUGUCCUCUCGGUCACCUGCUCGUAUGGUGUAUCCUGUGGUUGAGUUCACUGAACACCUGAUUGACAUCAAAGCAAGAGGGGCUGCUCUGCUCUGCAGCUCCACUACUCUCUCUAAGGUCAACUGUUCUCUUACUUCCUCCUCUUCAGCCACCAUCCUCAUCUGA